AUGCCGAAACGGAAGAAUGUCACGCCAGAGGCGCUGGAAAAUAAGCGUACCAGGCUCGGGGCAGCUGCGAAGUCACUUAAAGAAUACUCUCUGAAGCCGAAUACCCUACGGGACCGCGAGCGUACUGCCGCUAUAGACGAAGAGAAGAGAGCUCAGGAUCGACAUAGAAAGGCUUGUAAUGAAUCGUUCGUACGGUUUAAGAAGGCUCAGAUCAAGCAGUCUAGCGAGUUUAGCGAGCUGACAGAAUAUGACCGGAAAGCUGCUAAGAAGCAAGUAGAGACUGAUCUAGCUCUCUUACCCGACGAAUAG